AUGGCCGACACGCUUGAGAAGCCGACCGAGGAGCGCCGGCCCUCGGCCAUCCUCCACACCGCGCAGGAUGUCGAGCACAUCGAGGCCCCCGUCACCUGGAAGGCCUACCUCCUCUGCGCCUUCGCCUCCUUCGGUGGUAUCUUCUUCGGUUACGAUUCCGGUUACAUCAACGGCGUCCUCGGCUCCCAGAUCUUCAUCGAUGCCGUCAUGGGCGAGGGCCACAAGGCCGUCUCCGAGAGCAAGACCUCCCUGAUCGUCUCCAUUCUGUCCUGCGGUACCUUCUUCGGUGCGCUCAUUGCUGGCGAUGUCGCCGACUGGAUUGGCCGCAAGUGGACUGUCAUCAUCGGCUGCUUCAUCUACAUGGUCGGUUGCAUUGUCCAGAUGGUCACCAGCCCUUCCAACGCCCUGGGCCCCAUCGUCGGCGGUCGUCUCGUUGCCGGUCUCGGUGUCGGUUUCGAGUCCGCCAUUGUCAUUCUGUACAUGUCUGAGAUUUGCCCUCGCAAGGUCCGUGGUGCCCUCGUUGCCGGAUACCAGUUCUGCAUCACCAUCGGUAUCAUGCUUGCUUCGAUCGUCGUCUACGCCACCAAGACUCGCACCGACACGGGCGCCUACCGCAUUCCCAUCGCCAUUCAGUUCCCCUGGGCCCUGAUCCUGGGUGGUGGUCUCCUUUUCCUCCCCGACUCGCCCCGUUACUUCGUCAAGAAGGGCCAAAUCAACAAGGCCAUCUCUGCCCUGUCCCGCGUCCGUGGCCAGCCCGAGAACUCCGAGUACGUCCAGAGCGAGAUUGCAGAGAUUAUCGCCAACGAGGAGUACGAGCGUGCUCUCAUCCCCAACACCACCUGGUUCGGCAGCUGGGCCAACUGCUUCAAGGGCGGGCUCUGGCAGUCCAAGUCUAACCUUCGCCGCACCAUUCUUGGCACUUCGCUCCAGAUGAUGCAGCAGUGGACCGGUGUCAACUUCAUCUUCUACUACUCGACUCCCUUCCUCCAGACCACUGGCGCCAUCGAGAACACCUUCCUGAUCUCGCUCAUCUUCACCCUGGUCAACGUCUGCUCCACGCCCCUGUCCUUCUGGACCGUCGAGCGCUUCGGCCGCCGCACCAUCCUCAUCUAUGGCGCCCUGGGCAUGCUUAUCUGCCAGUUCCUCGUCGCCAUCAUCGGUGUCACCAUCGGCUUCAACAAGACGCACCCCGACCCUACCAACCCCAUUGGUCGCAGCGCCGACAACAUCAGCGCCGUCAACGCUCAGAUUGCCUUCAUCGCCAUCUUCAUCUUCUUCUUCGCCUCGACCUGGGGCCCCGGUGCCUGGAUCGUCAUUGGCGAGAUCUUCCCCCUGCCUAUCCGCUCCCGUGGUGUUGGUCUGUCCACCGCCUCCAACUGGCUGUGGAACACCAUCAUUGCUGUCAUCACCCCCUACAUGGUCGGUGAGGACAAGGGCAACAUGAGGUCGUCCGUGUUCUUCGUCUGGGGCGGUCUCUGCACCUGCGCCUUUGUCUACGCCUACUUCCUCGUCCCCGAGACCAAGGGUCUGUCCCUGGAGCAGGUCGACAAGAUGAUGGAGGAGACGACCCCCCGCCAGUCGGCCAAGUGGAAGCCCACCACCACCUUCGCCUCCACCAUUGGCGCUGGUGAGUACCUGGAGAAGGCCACUGUCUAA